AUGUCGCGUAGCUCACGGCCGCCGAAGCGGCGUCACCGUCAGCUCCGAGGACGCGCUCUUACGGGCCCUGACAGCCCUUCUCAGGCUGUCGAUCCAGCCGACGACCCCGCUGCCUUCCCCCGGCACUGGUCCAGAGGGCAUCGAAAAGAUUCCUGGCCGUACUUGCUGCUCGGUUACGAGAAGGUCUCACGAAGCGGAGACGGUUCAGAAUUUGGUGCACUACCUAGUGGCAAGUUUGUCCGCCGCAUGGCCGUCGAUGCGAGAACACAGAAGGACGGCGACUCACCUCUGAAAUCCGUCUCCUGGAGCGAAACAACGGUGGCCCAGGUCGACGAUCGUUGCGUACAAGCCCCUCGGAGAGAAUUCAUCUCGCUCAUGUCCGGGAAAGGUCUACGCAAGUAUCAGAAGCAGAAGCUGGUGAAAUUCGAUGGUAUAGAUACGAAGCGUCUGCUGGAUAACUCGGAGAGCGAGAAGUACAUCCCACUUUGCGACAUUUUCAACGCUGUCGAGGAGCUUGCAAAGUCAAAAUUCCGAUGGAAAGUCGUCGCCAACCAUGGCGAGAGCGCUGAAGUUGACCAUAAACCUGAUCUUGCGCGUUAUCCCGUCGACGUUCCAGCCGCUGUACUAGCGUACACUCGUGAUAUGACUAAAGACGACCCCAAUAUCGCGCGAUGUGCCUGGGCUUGGAUGAACAGCUAUGUCGAAGUGAAGAACGCAGAAGUCAAGUCGCCAUUCUUCUUCGCGCACAACAUAGACAAGGACGGCAGGCAGAAAUUCCUUCGCCACAGCGACAUCGGCAGGAAGGCACGAGGCCAGUUCAUCAAGUAUGCCACCGAAGCUAUGCUCCGUCAACAUCGUACGCACUACUACUCAUUCUACUUGUCGGAGAUGUCUGCUCGUGUCUUCCGCUGGGAUCGCGUCGGGUGCAUCGCAUCGGAGCCAAUCGACCUUAGAGAGAAUCCUGAGGACUUUCUCGACAUCCUAUACCGUUUAGCCACGUCUCCGGAUCACGGCGGAGUCGACAACACUGUUCAGCUAGCUAACGCAGACGAAAUCUCCGUGCUGGAGAGUUACCAGCCCGGGGAUAACCUUGCGCUGCAAGAAUAUCACGAGUCUAUGCUAGAUGAUCAGUUGAGCUACCCUAUCUAUAAG